AUGUCGUCAAAAGUUCUGUUGUGUGUGGUGGUGGUGGUCGUGGCUGGAGACACACGACCCCUGUACGACUAUGCUGCCCCUCAGGAUUCAGUUGAGUAUUCACCUCGGUCCAGAGAGGUUAAGUACGACUUCGGCUACGCUGUGAGAGACGACUUCGAUAACGACUUCGGCCACCAGGAGAGCCGCAACGGCGACGACACCAAGGGAUCGUACAGCGUGCACCUCCCCGAUGGUCGUCUACAGACUGUGACUUACUACGUGGACGGUGACUCAGGCUACGUGGCUGAGGUGACUUACCAGGGAGAGGCUCGCUAUCCAGAGUCACACGAAGUCAGGUCAUACGUCCCUCCAAGACCUUUGUACCGCGCCCCUGACUCGGAUGAGUCGAACGAGCCACCAGUCUACAACCCUCCCUCUCGAUCCUACGGCUUUCCCUAA